AUGAUACAGAAAAGAAUUGUGGAGAUCUUCAUCUUCGUUCUGUACUGGUUUGUCUUAUCGCCCAUGAUAGCAGUGCAGUGCGUUCAGUGGGGUUGGGUUAAAUGGGAUGAUAGCGAACUCUUUUUAUCGAUUAAGGAUGUAUGUGCCCUGGCGCUGGGAUUGGCCGCCUUUUAUCUGGUUGUCUACAUAAUAAUAGUGCUCAUUUAUCUAAAGCUUAAAACCUACUCAAUGAAAAUGUGGGUCACCCAUAAUCCCGCAAUAUCGAAUAUGAUUAAUCAUGAGCGACAAUAUUACGAUACCAAUGUUACGCCAAUGACGGAGCUGGAGCAGAUGAACACUCCUGCUACAGUGGAGCGGGAAAAUUUGGAGACUUGUGGCGUUAUUCAACAACCCGAGAGAAUUCAGCCAUUGAGCGAUGGGUGUUGUCAAGGGAGAACGCCGCCUCCGUCCUAUGAACAGAGCAUCAAUCAUGUUUAA